AUGCUGCUGCAUAAAGAAUACGAGGCUGAAGAGGCAAAAGAAAAAGAAGAAUUUGGCAGAAUUAGGUACCGGAACAGAGAAGAAUUUGGAGGAAGAUAUAGAAAAUUUGAUGCCCCUGGAAAUGAUGAUUAUGAUGGUGAGAUUAGAGGCUCAAGGUUUCGACAGACUGCACAUGCUAAGCAGCAGGCUAGUGAUAGUGAUGUUGAAAACAACACAUUCUCUGAUGAUGACGACGAUGAUGAUUAUGAUGGGAAGUGGCCUGCCGAUCCAGACAGUAAUUCUGAUGAAUCUAGCGAGGCUAAAGGCAGGUUCAAGGCGAGUAAGGCGGAGAAGGAAAAAAGAAGUAAUUUUGGCAGGAGCCAAGUUAAUGGAAGUUUUAAUACACACGAAGGUAAAUUUAGGAAAAAUUCAAGCAUAGUUGAUUCCGAUUCAGAAAGUACGUUCAGCGAUCUUGACAAUGCGAUGUGGGAGUCUGACGAGGAAGAAAAUGAAUCAUCAGGACAGUUCAGUGGCAGUGGUAACUACAAGAGCAAUAGUGGGGACAAGUACGCAUAUCACACGAAGAGGGACAAUAGAAAUGGUGUUAGGCAUCAUGGGGCUGGUGGUGACGACUCUGACCAAAAUUGGGAUAGAUUUGAUGUUCCAAAAAGUAUGAAAGGGAAGCAAGGUGGGAUUGGAAGAGUUGAUAUAAACCCACGGUCGAUGAGUUUAGAAUCUGGAUCCGAAGAUAUAGCCAUUGACUCAGAAAACAGGAUGUGGCAUUCAGAUUCAGAGGAAGAGUUUAGCCACACUUGGAGGGUCAGUGGGCAUGAAAAGAGGGAAAAUGACUAUAGCCAUAAGAGAAGCCCAAAAGAUGGAGAUGAGGCAUGGGACAGUGACUAG